AUGCCGGAGCCAGCCAAGUCCGCGCCGGCCCCGAAGAAGGGCUCCAAGAAGGCGAUCACCAAGACGCAGAAGAAGGGGGACAAGAAGCGGAAGAAGAGCCGCAAGGAGAGCUACUCCAUCUACGUGUACAAGGUGCUGAAGCAGGUCCACCCGGACACGGGCAUCUCGUCCAAGGCCAUGAGCAUCAUGAACUCCUUCGUGAACGACAUCUUCGAGCGCAUCGCCGCCGAGGCCUCCCGCCUGGCCCACUACAACAAGCGCUCCACCAUCACCUCCCGCGAGAUCCAGACGGCCGUGCGCCUCCUCCUGCCCGGGGAGCUGGCCAAGCACGCCGUCUCCGAGGGCACCAAGGCCGUCACCAAGUACACCAGCUCCAAGUAACUCGGGCUCCGGGCCCCC